CAUCAAAAAUGACAUUUAAAUAUUUGACAGCAUGGCACCACCAACACUUUUGGAUUCUGAAAUCACAAAAAGUGAUAAAUAUUCAAUUUUACUGCCUACAUAUAAUGAAAGGGAGAACUUGCCCAUCAUAAUAUGGCUUAUCAUGAAAUAUUUGGAUACAAGCGGCUAUGACUUCGAGGUGAUCAUUAUUGAUGAUGGGAGCCCUGACGGUACCUUAGAAGUAGCUAAACAGCUGCAAAAGUUGUAUGGCUCAUCGAAGAUUGUGCUUCGUCCGAGAGAGAAAAAGCUAGGUCUGGGUACAGCGUACAUUCAUGGAAUACAGCAUGCAACCGGCAACUUCAUUAUCAUUAUGGACGCCGACUUGAGUCAUCAUCCAAAAUUCAUUCCGAAAUUCAUCGAACUCCAACGUGAGCAUGAUUACGACCUGGUCUCGGGCACACGGUAUAAGGACGGUGGUGGGGUCCACGGCUGGGACUUCAAGAGGAAGCUGAUAUCGCGCGGAGCCAAUUUCGUCACACAGCUGCUGCUCAGGCCCGGUGCUUCGGACCUUACGGGUUCUUUCAGGCUAUACAAAAAGGAUGUGCUACAAAAGCUGAUUGACAGCUGUGUCUCCAAAGGAUAUGUCUUCCAGAUGGAAAUGAUUAUAAGGGCAAGGCAGCUAGAAUACACCAUAGGAGAGGUGCCAAUCACAUUCGUGGAUAGAGUGUAUGGAGAGUCCAAAUUAGGAGGCUCCGAGAUAAUUCAGUUUGCCAAAGCAUUGCUGUACUUAUUUGCUACUACAUAAGCCACAUUUUUUAAUGGAUUCAACUGUAACAGUUUAUACAGUGUGCAAUAAGUCAAGGACAUGUUUGCAAAAAAAUACAGUGAGAUCAGAUCAUGAAAAUAAACCUCUUAAACUCGUAAAUUAUUGAAAUAUUUUUCAAUAACAAACAAUAUGGCUCUAACAA